AUGCAAAAAAAUGCUAUUUUGCCAGAUGAAGAACGUCGAUAUUUUUCAGAUUUAAAUAGAAAUGUUCAAGAUAAUGAUGAGUUAAAUGUAUUGGAUAAUGAAACAAAACAAAAACAACAUUUAGAGCAAAAAGAAAUUCUUUGUUAUAAGGUAGAUAGGCAAUUAGAAUCCGAAAAAUCCGAAAGUACAGACCAGAUCAAGCCCCACACAGACCAGAUUUUCCGGAAACGGUCCUUUUCUGAAAUGAUACAGAGAGAAUUAAGAAAAAUACAAAAUUGUUAA